CAUUUGCAUGAUCGGAAAAGCCACAUAAUUUAAUGGAAGCUGAUCAAACCAAAUUAAAUCAAUACAGAGGGUCAAAACUUAACUUGUUUAUAACGUGAAUUUUGGCAAAAUAUUUAACUUAAUAUUUUAUAUGCUUAAUAAGUGACUUCUGAAUCGUAUAUUUGCUCAGGCCAUACCAGGACUUCUUUAACGGGCUAGUUUGAAACGAAAGAGCCGCAAUACCAAAACAAAUGAAUGUUUUAAUGAUUCAAGUGAAGAAGGAAGAAAAAACAGGGGAGGAUAUAAUUAUAUCGCUUGAGAUAAGGAACUCUUGAAUGGUGCUGUAUUUAUAGCGACAUUGUGAAAUAUUGCCAAGUGAAUUGAACAGAUGACAUAUGUAUAAGUAGGAAAGAAAAGUCUCCAUGUUACUAGCUCUCCCUAUGCAAAGGCGUUUGAGCUACUGUAGAAAACAGGAUGGUGGUAGAGGUGGAGAGUUUCUAUGGCGUGUAUAUGCUGUACUGUACUAACCCGAAAUUCAAGGGUCGAAUAUAUAUUGGCUUCACUGUGAACCCAGAGCGCCGUAUCGGUCAACACAACGCAGGACGACACCGAGGAGGAGCCAAGAGAACCAGUGGCAGGGGACCAUGGGAGAUGGUUCUUGUCAUCCAUGGCUUUCCAUCUGAUAUUGCAGCUCUUCGGUUUGAGUGGGCUUGGCAGCAUCCGCACAUCUCUCGUCGUCUGUCCCAUGUUGCCCGGCGCAGCCGUAAAGAGUCCAGUUUGCAGUUCCACUGGCGUGUGGUGUCAAACAUGCUGCGGGUGGCGCCGUGGAGUCGACUCCCCCUCACUGUGCGCUGGUUAAAGCAGGAGUACCGGAUGGACUUUGACCCUGUGUUGCAGCCUCCUCUGCACAUUCCUCUGGCAUUUGGCUGUGUUCGUGCUAAGAGGAAACCGCAGCAGGAGUGCGAGGAGCAAGAGGAGAGACAGAUGGAGCAGUGCGUGUUGUGUGGGGUGUUUGUUAAGGCUGUGGAUAGACUAUCUUGUUUCCAGCCUUCCUGUCAAAUGGUUUGUCAUCUGAUUUGCCUGGCUAAACACUUUCUGAAGGCAGACCCUUCCCACCUACUUCCUGUUGAGGGAAAGUGCCCUGGCUGUCAUCACUCAGUGCUGUGGGGGAGCUUAAUACGGCAUAAAAACGGCUGUUAUGGUGAUUUGGAAGAAAUUACCUCGUCCUCAUCUCAGAGUCACUGGACGGAUGAACUACAGUUGUGAAGACAAUGUGAUACAGCCGUUUCUGCAUUUUAAGAAGUAUUUAUUGGACUGGAGAGUCUGAAAUGACACAGAAUGACUCAUUAAGGUCAAGGCAUCUGUACAUCCUAAAAAAUGUGGAAUUAACAAGGAUACACAGAAUGAGAUGAAGCAUUUAACUUUUGAAAUAUAAGAACAUCUUUAGACACAUUCUAAAAUAUGAAAUAAAACAUUUUAAUUCAGCAAUAAUAAUUGUUAAACAUUGUAAGCUCAGUCAUGAUGAGAAUAAUAACCGAAUUACUGUUUUUGUUUUUUUGUUUUGUUUUUUUAAACAACUGUGAAGUUUUUAAAUGUUGUUGUUUUUUACCUGAAAUCACGUGUGGUCAUAUUUAUUGAACAAUAAAUCAGUGAAUUUGG